CAGUUGGCUCAAUGAGAAAAAAUAACACCAACGAAAACGUUUUUUUCUGCAAUCCUGCUAAAUUACGACAAAUCGAUCGAAAAACAAAAGCACCCAUACACGAACGUGCUUAAAACGAGUGUAGAUUAACCCAGUGUACAGUAUGUUAGUGAAAAAAUGAUCCGAAAUUGAACAGUGCGAGCGACUGUUGCCUCCGAACCGCGCUCCGAACUUGCACAGCUGUAGCUCCCGUAAUGGAAGGCCCGAAACUGCUGCAGUGAUGUUGUGCGGAUCUAUUCGAUCAAUUACUGCGAAACAUUGUUCUACCCAGUCGCAGUUCCCCUCGGUCCAUCGAAAUAUCCAAAUUGUAAACAUUCUAAAACCACCAGCAGUGGACCAACGGGUGUAAAGGUGGAACCAAAAAGUUAGAUGUGCGUGUGUGUGUGUUUUUUUCUCUCCAACAUUGAGUGCAAAUAGUUCGUCACACAGCCCCCCAAAAUGUCCGUGGUGCGAACGAAGGUCCUUGGUCUGGUGGACGUUAUAAUGCGCGUUCCCAGCCUGUUCAUCAUCGAUGAAAUCCUUAAGAUGGGCAUGGGCGUGCCGAUCGCCCAAUCCGCCAGUCAGGUUGCGAACAGCACCGCCAUCAAUCUCGACCCGCCAGUAGCCGCAAUGCUGCCAGACGAUGACCGAGGAAUGCAGGACAGUAUCGAGGUGUACAAAUUCAUCUCGCUCGCGGUGCUAAAGUUUCUCUUCUGUCUGUUCGGUGCCAUUAGUGCAGCUUGUGUUUUCAUGCUAUGGACCCGGCAUUUAGUUAUCGUGUACAUGUACAUCGUAUCCGUGGGAUUGAUCUUCUUGUCCUAUUGGAGCAACGUCUCCGCCCUAUCGGUCAUCUCCGACAGUCCUAGCUUGUUGGAAGAUGUUCUGUCGCUCAAUAUGGAACGCUUGCUUGAUCCUGGAGGUGUUCUGAUCUCAAUACUGCCACAUCUGCUUGCCCAAUGGUUGAUGGGUGUCAUUUUCGCCUAUAUUCAUUUGGGACCACGGCACAAAAUCGUCCAAAAGGCGCUUCCGUUCAGUUUCUUAAUGCCACUGUUGCUUGCGAUGCUGCCACUGCCGUCGGUAGUCCUUAAACAUUCCCCUGCUUUUGCCGCCAUCCUGCCUCUCGUGCUGUCGAAAAUUGCGCUCUGGAGCUCCUCGUUUGAUGUCGUGAAAACAAUCCUUAGCGGUUACCAGCACGCUCGCAACUUUGCAAGCAACUUUGGCAUUGCGACGUUGAUCGAAAACGAAUGGCAGCGCUUGAACGUACCGUGCGUGUUGCGCGUGUUUUGGACCAUACGGCUGACGGAGCAUCUCAUCAGCUUGCUAAUGUCCACGGAGGCUCCACUGCGCUUUGCUGCCACGGUGCAGAGCGUCCUUGUCAGCGGGUGCGAAACGCUAACGGCCGUGCUCGGCAUGACCAGCAUCAUUUCACUGAUUUGCCACUACAUCGGCAAGAUGUUUCAGCUGUUCCUGCUUUCCGAGGACUAUGAUGAGGAUAAAUCGAUCGGUACGGUGUCGGCGAUACUUUUCUACAUUUUGGCCCUACAAACUGGGCUCACUUCGCUCUCACCGGAUAAGCGCAUUAUUCGGUUGUGUCGCAAUAUGUGCCUGCUAGUGACGGCUUUAUUGCACUUUUUGCACAACAUUGUUGCACCCAUACUAAUGUCACUGAGUGCUGCCCGCAAUCCAUCACGCAAGCGUCACGCACGGGCAUUAAUAGUGUGUGCUUUCCUUCUUAUUGCGCCCGGAUCACUGCUGGCCGUACUUUGGGCCAGCCACUCACCCUCCACGUGGUUGUUGGCAGUGACAGCUUUCUCGGUUGAAGUGAUUGUGAAGGUACUCGUCAGUUUGGCAACGUACACGCUCUUCCUGCUCGAUGCACGACGCCAAACAUUCUGGGAGAAAUUAGACGAUUACGUGUAUUACAUACGAGCGUUUGGCAAUUCGGUGGAGUUUUGUUUCGGAAUAUUUCUCUUUUUCAAUGGAGCCUGGAUACUGAUCUUUGAGUCCGAAAUGAUUCCAAUAGGCGGUGCGAUACGGGCACUGAUGAUGGGCAUCCAUGCGUACUUCAACAUCUGGUGUGAGGCUCGAGCCGGCUGGGUAGUGUUUAUGAAGCGCCGCACAGCAGUACACAAAAUUUCCUCCCUACCGGAAGCGACCACUGCUCAACUGCACCAAUUUGAUGACGUAUGCGCUAUUUGUUAUCAGGAUAUGACAUCAGCCAAAAUCACACGAUGCAAUCAUUACUUCCACGGUGUCUGUCUACGGAAGUGGCUGUACGUACAGGAUCGUUGUCCGCUGUGUCACGAAAUUAUCAUGAAUCAGGACGGCAACGCGGGAGACGAUAGCAUAGAGGAACACGCACCCAACAACAUUGACAAUGCAAGAGCCGAAGGCCGCAUUGGUAGUUCCAACAAUGAAACUAACAAUCGGCAACCCCAUGUUGCACCCGCUACCAUCUUGCACGGAUCAUCCGUUGGCCAAGCAGAUGAGCACAAUCAACCGUUGUUUGAUGAUGUGUUUUUGGAAGAACAAAUAACCAAUCAUAAUCGUGCGACCAGUGCCAGUAGAUCGUUGGGUGGAAAUACAAUCGGUUUGCAGGACGCACAGAUGGAAACGUCGAGAAGAUCAACUCUGCUAGAGCAACUCGCUGGGGAGCAAAGGUAUAACCGUGAGCACAUACGAUUCGAUCGGUCACAAGGUGGCAAAGUGACGAAUCUUCUGCAAGCAACAAAUACAACAGAAAUGGAACAAUCCAGUAGCGAUUUGCUGAUGCCGCUGCUGUUAGACAAUGGUGCGGAGCUAACUGCAACACAGGGCGAAACACAUCCGAGCGAAAGUGGGAGCAGCUAUGCAAGCACUUCGGAUAGCAUCAGUAGCAACAAUACGGAAGCUACCGGAGGUAGCAGCAGCAGUGGAAGUAGCAGCAGCGGCAGCAGCAGCAACAGCUCCGGAAGUGGCACUCUGUCCGGGCUGUCAAACAGUUCGCUGGUGUCGGCUGCUGCUAUUUCAUUCAACCUACGCCGACAUCACGUACUUUUGCAGCAGCAGCAGCAGCAGCAGCAGCAGCAACAGCAACAGCAGCCAAAUGCACCAAGAGAAUAACAACCAAAACGGAUAGCUACACACGCAGACGCACAAUCGCGGAAUGAUAGAUGCAUACGAACGCGGUCAUUUUCUAUCGAAUAAUCAAGCUACACAGUAACGCUUGCCAAUGAUAUGAGAUUAGUUUGACCGGGCUAGUUAAGUAGGAGCAUACACUGCGAAUGAAACACUGCAGCAGAGGAAUAUGACCGAUGACUAUCCGUGCUGGAAAUUUAUGGACUGAACGAAAAAAAAAAGACAGUGGUAAGGCUUUAUCGGGUAAGAGGUUGUGUAUGAUUGUACAUUUCUAAUAAGUGAUGGUAUAAAAAUGUAGCGUGUAUAUUUAUAUUAACUCGUUUAUAAUGAACCGGAACGUGAGGGCUUACACAAUAGAGGUGAGAAAGGAAAACGAUCCUACUACUGAGCAUGGUACUGUCUUUCUUGCCUCACUCACAACAACGGGUUGUUUUGGGAACGGAGUAAAUUCACACUAACGAAAAAGGGGCUUACUGCUUGCUGGAAAUGAAACGUGUACAGCAGGGAACACAGGGAUUGUUGGGUGUGCAGGAAGGAAGUACACCCCUGAUAGCCGCGCAAAUAGUGAAAAAGGCCGGACACCGGAAUGGGCAAAGGGAAAAGCUUUGCUUUUGUUUUCAUUCAUUCUUCAUCCGACCGAGUUCGAAUAUUAAGCUGACCACCUGUUGCUGUGUAUCGAUGUUCUUUCUCUCGGCCAAAGCAUAUCGCAAACUUAAAUGCACAUUGUCUCGAAUCGAGCACAAAUAAUCGUUCGGAUCGUUUCGAUUGAUCGGGCGGGCGAUACAUUAUCGGCGUUUGCAAAUUUACGUUCCAUUUGUUUCAUUACCGUCCAAUGUGGUAGUUGGUUAAAAGGGUUGUGUCCUAAAACUCACGGUGCAGUACCUAACUAUACCGCAGGCUCUAUCAAUUGUACCGAAAGGCACAGAGGUAAAAACCAAAUAAAACAAACCAAUCGAGGGAAAGAAACAAAUAAUAGGGAAAUUAAAAAGGGCACUUAAAACGAUCAAUUAGCCGAUUUGCCGUGGUUUAAUCGCUGCAUUGCAUAAUACGGUUAACACAAUAACCUUCCCGGUUCGGUGGUGCACAAUGUGCACAAUCCAGCAGGUUCGGAAUGCACAAAACUGCAAACACAUUUCCUACAACUAUCCAGAUGUAAAAAAAGAUGGAACAUACUCCAUCUAAAGCAACGUCAAUGCACAAAGGUACGGUUUUGUUUCGAGCUCGCAUUCAACUUGAUGAUGGUGAUGUGUUCAUGUUGUUUGCAUAUUUUACUUCUUAUGCUAACAUUUCUGCUGGGUGCGCUAAAUUUCACCGCUGAACCAUUUUAACAUUUUCUACUGUUAAACUGCAGUAGUAUCAAUUUUUUUAUUUGAGAAGCAAUUUCUGGGCAAUAUUUGUACAUAGUUAUGGUCUUUAAAACAGUUAACCAAAAACGACCAGACAGAAAUCAGAAGAAAAAAAAUCAGCUGUGAGAUAAUAAACAAAGUAGUAAAACUGUUGUAGGUAAAUUCCUAAUAA